CAUGGCAAUAGACUCAGGCGUUGAUAAAAAGGCUUAAACUUACUGCUAAUCGCUUGCGGUCUACGCAGCUCGCUAGAUUCUAGACCUAUGUCUACAAAUACACCAGGGUUAAGCAUCUAUUUUUCUCCGAGACGUUAGACGUCUCCCGUGCUCAAAAAACGAACACCUCCGAGGAUUUAGGAGAACAGGUUCAAAUAAAUGGCUGUGACAAAAGCGCGGAACGAACUAUAGACAAAAUCCUUUCGAACUGAACGUGGGAUCCACUCAAAAUGCUGCUUGAGGGUGCGUUGGCUGUAGUUGUAGUCUCAGUUAUUGUCGUCGCUUUGAGGCGUCUUCAAAAACCACAAAAUCUACCACCGGGUCCAAAUCCAUUACCAUUGCUUGGCAACACAUUAGAUAUCAUUGGCUCCAUGCCAGAUGUACACCUUGGCUUUACCAAGCUCGCAAAGUAUUAUGGAGAUAUUUUUACUCUCUAUCUCCAAGGUAACAGAGUCGUUGUUAUCAACUCAGCUUCAGUUGCGCGAGAGGCAUUGAUCUUACGCAAGGAUGAUUUCUCUGGCCGGCCUUACAGUUUCAUCGGUGAUUUCCUUACCCGUGGGUCUAAAGAUUUGGCCAUGGGAGAUUUUUCACCGACUCUGAUUUACCAAAGGAAAUUAGUUCACACAGCUUUACGAUUGUACAUGCCACAUCUGGAAGAUGCUCUGUGUGCGGAGAUUGAUGACCUGGCGAAGAGGCUGAAGGCAUCAAACGGGAACCCAAUUGAUCCAAAAAAUGACGUGUUCCUAACAAUCUUGAAUGUCAUUUGUAAGAUGGUAUUUGGGGAGAGUUUUAUCAUGAGUGACCCUGAGUUCUUGAAGAUCGUGGAGUACAAUCAAGUGGGGUUCCGUUUGCUGAGCCCUGUUUCAAUGUUCAACAUGUUCCCUUGGAUGAUACACCUUCCUAUCCAAACCGCGCGGGAUUUUUACAGAGUUCGCGACCUGCAGAACGAAAUUCUUAAUCCCAAAUACCUCUACCACAAAUCAACCUAUGACAGCACUGUUAUCAGGGACUUGACAGAUGCUCUCCUCAAAGCAAAAAGUGAAAUUGAAGAAGAAGAAGAAGAAAACAGAAUCAGCCACGUGAUCUCAGACGAUCAUUUGAUCAUGACAAUUGCUGAUGUGUUUUCCGCUGGAGCAGAAACCAUGACAACGACAAUCCGCUGGCUCAUUGCAUGCUUAGUUAACUUCCCGGAUGUACAAGCAAAGGCACAAUCAGAGAUUGACAACGUGGUUGGUCGAGAAAGACUCCCCACUCUAGAGGACCGGAAAAAACUUCAUUAUCUUGAAGCUGUACUCUCUGAAACACAUCGUUUCUGCACAGUAGCUUACUUGAGUUUACCACACAAAGCUACUCGUGACUCGACACUCAACGGGUUUCAUAUCCCAAAAGACACAGUAGUGAUGUUCAAUGUAUGGGCAAUGCACCACGACGAACGAGAAUGGGACAGACCAUAUGAGUUUAAUCCCAGCAGAUUUCUGGACCCCAAAGGGCAGCUUAUUGAUAUCGCUGGGAUUAAGAGCUUUCUGCCAUUUAGUGCCGGACGAAGAGUUUGCAGUGGCGAGUCACUGGCCAAGAAGGAACUCUUCCUUGUUGUGUCAAGACUUCUUCAUCAAUUUACAUUCACAAAUCCUCCAGGGUCGCCUUUGCCUGAGCUGGUGGGAGAGGUAGGGAUGAAUCACUUUCCAAAACCAUUUCAGGUUCGUGUAAUUGAGCGUUAUUAGUUAGACGUACUAAGUAGGCGUAGGUAAGAUUGGCUAUUUCCCCACUUUAAGCCACGUGUCAAUCCCUUGAAAACCAUUUUUUGGUCUAACACUAACGUUGAAGAACGUGUUUUAUAUUGCACUUCGAACAAAUAAUAUUGCUCUCGAUGGAAUGACAUGUGGUCUAAUUAGCAUUAAUGGAUAGCACUGGAACUUAGUAGAAUACCAGUUUACAUGAGAAAAAAUUCAAAACUAGAGUAUCUCUAGGAAUAGUAUAUUUUCAUCAUUGUUCUGCGAUCAAACAAUCAAUCAACUUUAUCUAAAGAGGGUGACGUAUUAACCCAGUGAGUUAUCUAACACACGGCCCUCAACAUGGUCACUGAACUUCCAACUUAGUUUCCUACCACUUAAAACCAAAAAUCUUUUAAUAUUAUGUAAAUAAUCUAUGUUUUAUACUUACAAAGUAGAUUUUCUUUCGCUCUUUGACCAAAAAGCGAAAAACGAAUAGAAGCUUUGCACCAUCAUGUGAUGGCGAAGGAAGCCAUAACAGGAGUGUUUAUAUGAGAAAGGAUUCAGUUUCCGAAACACACAAAAAGACUCUAUUUUGUGCCUUCAAGCCGGUUGCCAUCACAUUAUGGCGCAAAGCCUUGUUUUAGUGAUAAAAUACGAGAAAAAACAAUGGAUGCUGUUGGUAUCCUAUGAAAUAUCCCUUAAAAUUGCUGGCGCAUGAUAGAACAAAAGUCGCUUUUAUAACAUCUUGCAUUGCCAAAGAGUGACCACCAACGUAUUUUCAAGAUUUUCCAGCAAAUAUUUUAAUAAAUUUGAAUGGCAUUUCAAACUUAAGCCAUGAACGAUAUUUAUAACGUUUUUUCAAGAUGUUUCCAUCACUAUAUUCGGUAGCACUUCCAUACCAUGCAAGGGUGAAAAAGAUUAGAAAUUUUUCAUCUAACCGGUACUGUUUUGCUCUGUCUACCGUAAAGAUAGGGUGACUCUAAUGCUUGUUUUUAUCAAAAGCUUUCAUUUCGCAUUCUCCAUUUAAAAAAUUAAGCGUUAGCCUAAGCAGUAGAGCCACCUGACUUAAUGUUAACGAAGCUUUUUCGAAGGUGUUUGAAAUGGAGGUACUGAGGGUGACCAUGGUGCUAGGGAAAAAGGCUUUGGUUUUCUUUCCACCGUGGACACCACAACUAAUAAGGCGAACAAGUUAGUCCCAGCAGUAGAAUCAAUGCACCUUAAUGUUAACAUAUCGACUAAUGGAUCUAAAAGGAUCUAACCAUUUUUCUUAACUGUCUUUCAUUCAUACAUGCGUGGCAUAACUAAAACAAAGUUUAUUUUCCCCUUAUUUUCUCCUCUUUAUUCAU